GUAAUAUGUUGUCAUUUUAAAAGUGUGUACAUUACUGAGUGAAAGAUUUUAAUAUAUUUACAUCUUCAUGGAACAAUAAAAUAUAUAAUGAAUUCAUUAAGAAAACUUCAGCGGUAUGGAUCAAAAUCUUAUCUCAUUCAAGGGGAUGAAGUAGUGCUUGAGAAGCAUGUUUCCAAGUUUGAAGAGCUUGAAAAUUCCAUUAAAAAACUUAGUAAAGAUGUAAAAAAAUAUCAGGAAUGCAUUCUUGAUGUCACUGAACACGAGAAGAGGAUGACAUCAGAUUUAUCAAACAGUUUGCUAUGUCAUGAAGAUGAAAAGACACGAUCUUUGGUUGAAGAAUGGCAUUCAUUCAUUGCUCAAGCUAAUUCAUUUGAUGAAGAUUUGAUACUGAUUACACAUCGUACAAUUGGGGAACCACUAAAAAAAUUUCAAGGUGUUUUUACUGAAACAAAAGGAGCCUUAAAAAAGAGAGAUCAAUCUAUGCAGGAUUGUAUGAGGGCAAAUCAAAAAGUACAGAAGUUGCAAGAAAAAGAAAAAACAGGGGCCAAUAUAGUUAAACUCGAAGCAGCAAAGCAAAAUUUGACAAAUUUAGAGCAGGACUUUCGUAAUCAAGAUCGCUCAUUGAAAUCAGAUUUGCCUUUGCUUUAUGAAGGCAGAAUAGAAUAUUUUCAGCCAUGUUUAGAAGCUCUUAUUAAAGCUCAAGUUGAACACAGUGGAAAUUCUGCAAAUUUAUUCUCUGAAAAUAUUCCAAGUUUGAAAAAAUUUACUAUGUCAGAACUUGAAUUCAAACAGCUUCAAAAUCAAAGGCUUUCACAAAUUCACGCUCUUUCAAUUGUGGGUGAUAAUUAAAUCUAAAGA